AUGUUCUUGGUUAUUCUUAUGUCCUUGGUCGGUGUUGUGGUUACUCAACAGCCGCGACCAUGUGUAUCUCCAUCUCAAUGGGAAGCACGCAUCGUCGAUCAUAUUAACAAUGAGAAAAUUACGGUACAAGGCAAGCUGAGCUAUGAUUCACUGUAUCAACGUGAACGAUUCAUCGAAGAAGUCGUUGUUGGCGAUGACUAUUACUACGAGACCAUCGCCUUAUUUCAAGCUCAGCUCGAGUUUGUGAUCAACUUGACGGCACGCAACUGCUCACGCCUUCCACUUACACGACCAUGGCGUGACUUCGCUAUUCGGCCUGAUGCUCGCUCGUACGGCGAAGCCUAUAUUGGCUCUUCUGCCUCGUCCAGUACCGGUCUCCUCGUCACUAUUUGGUGA